GGGAAACUGCAAAUACAGGUUACGAGGAUAAAGGGCAAAGUAGUUGCGUAUAGGCGCCUAUUCGAAGGGGAAGAAAAGGUAGUUCACUUCACUUACUCAUUUGAUAGAUGCGGUAAAUCAUGCUCAAAUGACGGGCUUUUAGACACCAAAAAAGAGAGUUCUCCGUUACACCUAGAAUAUAGAGGAGGGAUUGGUAAAGAUCGUGGUUCUAGCGGUGGAGGGAAUCGUUUCUCAAUCUUAGUUGACAAGGAUUUGGGUAAGGAAAUGCUAGACUUCUUUACAGUAGUGUUUUUCUUCUAUUGUCUCAUCAGUCCAUCCUUUGACGGAGAAGAAAGACAAGAGAGGAUCGAUGUAAUUGAGAAGAGGUCCCCGCCUAGGAAGACUUCUUCUACCGUUCUUCCCCGGAAAAUGAGGCCUAGGAGAGGUGCGAAUCAGAGC